UGUUUUGAACGAAACUAUUGAAGUGAUACAUUUUUAUAGAAUAUUUGCACGAAAUUAUUUUAAAUUCAAUGAAUAGAUAGAGUCAAUUUUGUUUUGAAGUGUUUUUAUUUUGUUUUCAGUAGAAAUAGAUUUUCGCCGAAAUAAUGAAUGCCGGCAAAGAGAAUGAUAAUAAAUCUGAACAAAAUGCACUGUCCGCAAAUUUGUCUCAAAAUAAAAUGGCAAAUAGAUUGAAUGGAAGUAAAGUGGCCGAUCCACAAAAAGUAGUGGCAAAGCCACGUACAACAACACAAAAGACUGGUAAAACUCCGAGUGCAAUAAAUGCUGCAUUCAAAGCAACAAAGUCAACCACGGCUACCGCGACAAAAAUCACAAAAUUGGUACUCAAGCCAAAACCCACCGCACCGAAAAGUUCGUUAACGUCGAAAGUGACAACGAAAAAAUAUAUCACAAAACCGGUUUCGAUAAAAUCAAGGUCAACCAUGAUUUCGCAUGAAUCGACAUUUCGCAUACAAAGCAUUAAAAAAACAUUGCCAAGUAAAAAGCAAAGCGACCAAAACGAACUGAUUCUGAUGAAAAAUGAACAGAUCUCACAGCAAUUGAUUGUAAAUGCAAAUAGUUCAAAGAUUAAUGAAACAUUGACGCUGAAUAAACCAUACGAAACGGUACACUGUGAACAAAAUUCAAACGAAAUGUCAGUGAAUGUAACCAAAAUUAUGGACAGUCCAAUUUUACAAGAAAUCACACAAGCCGUUGUAAAUGGUUCGAAUUUAGUGAAAAGUCCAAAAAAACAUUGUGAAAAUAAUGCAAAAUGCAAAUCAAAAUUUUAUGAUCCGAUUAAGGCACGACAAUUUAUACAAAUGCAAAAAGAACAGCGUAAACAAGCUGACAAAGAGAAAUCUAAUGCACCGGCCAGCAAGGAAGAGAUUAAACAACGACUAUCUGCUUUGCGGAAGAAUACGUUGGAAAUUCUUGAGAAAAAUGUACAAAAAGCAAAAAAAAGUAAUGUUCAAACGAGAAAAUUGAAUACAUUCACACCGAAAGCAACAAAAAUAAGCACGCAUCAACAAAAAGAUUCACAUCCAAAAAAGACGAAAGAGACUCCAAAUGCUUUGAAAACACCUUUGAUGAGAUUUCAAUCAAAAGUGUCGCCCUCACUUGCUCUUACGCCGUCAAAAUUUUUGCCAUCGAUUAAGACUGAUAAAAUUCGCAUUGGUAUAUUGCGCCGCACAGAAGGAGAAUCUCCGACUAUCGAAAAUGACCUAGCUGAAGAUGAAAUACCACCCAUUGGCAGUGCCAAUAUCGAACCCAAUCAUUCCGUAUCAAAUGCUGAUUUUAAUUUAUCGCCUGAAAAAUCCGUCCAUAACACGUCAUUCAAAAGUAAAUCAGUUCAAUGUGAAUUUGAGCUCAAAGUGCCCGACACAGUUCCAUUAAAAUCAUCACUAUUGCAUGAAAGAAACGGUAUGCAACAUGAGUUUGUUGAAGAAAAUGACGGGCAGUAUGAAGGUGCAUCAAAACCCAGAGAAAUUCCAUUUUGGUUACGUCCAACACCAGUGCAGCCAUACCCGUACAAUUUUAUCGUAGCAGUCCGAAAGAAAUUAGAAUCGAUUACAAAUCCCGUAUUUGGUCCAUGCAGGCAAUACCAAUGGCCAGAUCCACAUGAAACAUCGUUUCACAGCCCUGUAGCGCAGCCGGACAAAGUGUUUUCAUCGAAUUAUCGCCGUAAUUUCGAUCGAACACAAAGUGAAUCGGAAAAGUCAAUGAAUGAAAAUAUUAAAUCAAACGACAUUGAAGAUGAAGAUCAAAAGGAAUAUGAAAUGGAUUUCUCGUCGGUAACAUUUGAAUCGAAACGAAAUCGCAGUAACAAUCGCUCGAAAUCAAAACGAAAAACUAUGAAUGGUUCACAGGACACACUAUCCAUAUCGUCUGGCAUUUUGUCUCAUUCGAGUCCAGAGAAGAAGGUACGAACAACUACAUCGGACGAUAUACAUGAUGAAAAGGACAAUGACGAACGACAACCGAGCCCAUUAACAACCGAUAACGUUGAUGGAUUGCACAUAACAAGCCGAAGUUUAUCGCAACAUGAACGCAUUUCAAAUGCAAACAGUGUGGUUAGUCGUCAAUCAAUUAUAUCAAGUGUUGCAUCUCAUAUAAAUUUCAGCAGAGGUAAAGAUUACAGUGAGCAAAGCAUACCAAGUUUACAUAAACUUAGUCAACAACACAGUGUAGCACAACUAUUGAAUGAUUUUAAAACAAGUUUAUCGGCGGCCAUUGAAGCCAAUCAACGUUUGCAUGAAAUGCUUUCAAAUCCACCAUCGAGCAGACAGUACAGUGAUGAUUUUGAGCAUGAAAGCGAUAAUAAACAAAGUCAUAUCAGUGAACGAAUCACGGAAACACAUGAAAAUACCAGCAUUCCAUCAUAUAAAUCUUCGUAUAUCGUUAGUGCGACGCAGACGAAUGGUCCAACGAGUGAAGAGAGAAGUGAUGAGUGCAAUAGCAGCACAUCCACCAAAAUAGCCGAAGAUGUUAUUGUAGUUUCAUCAAAUCGAGAAAGCAUUCCGACAAAUCAAAAUGAAGAGAGUACACAAAAAGGUGGCAGCUCACAAAUAUAUGAAAGUUCGCGCACGCCAAAAGACUCCUCAACAAUGAUUGAAGAGAAAAUUGACGAUUAUCAAUCGAGCGAAUCACCAACAAACAACGAUUUGAAAAGUGUUUCAUUAUCGAUUGCCAAAAAAUCGGCACCAACUAGCGAUGACACAGAUCAAGCCUCAAAUGCCAUAGAAUCGUUUAAUAAACAAAUCACCGGCGAUCCAGAUAUGGCCAACAAAAGCGUUGCCAACGAUAUUUUUGAUGUUUUCAAUAAAACCGAAUUGAAUUUGAAUGGUGAUGCAAACAAAUCGCUUUGGUCAGAGCAUAAUAUUAGUUACUCCACAUUGGGAGCGUGCGAUCAACUUCUAAAGACCGAGACACGAAAGAGUCAGGAUUUGGCGUCGAUGUUGAAAAUCCGUGAAAAAUCGCUCGUCGAUCGAUUCAAAGGGCAAAUUGCAUGGUUAGAGCUGCAAAAGCAAAAAUUCAAAGAAUGCGGUUUGACAGCCGAAAUCACAAUGAUAAAGAAAAAACAGCGAGCUCUAUUGCUGCGCUUGAAUAACGAUCGUCAAGAAUUGCAUCGCAUUCUAAAAGAGCGUCAACAAAUGGAUUCGGCAAAAAAUUCGUCGCUUGUCAACUACAAUAUAUCACAAAUGAGCACAAACAUGAGCAUUCGUCGCACGUCGAUUGCAAAGCAAUUAAAUGAUACUACAGGCAAACGAGCCGUAAAAGCAAUUGAAUUACCCGGCGGUGGGACUGCACUUGAAACUAUGUUACAAAAACGGGAAAAUGAAUUGCGACGUCGGCGUGAGUAUGUGGAAAAACUAUUGAGAUGGCAUCAACGAUUGGAUGUUGAAGAGAGUGAAGUGAUAAAAAUGGAACAAAUGAUCAUGUUCAUAUCCACUAGUGACGUUUAUCAAACAACUUCACGUGAACAAAUCAAUGACACACUUUCAAUAACCGUACAACAUACAAAACGAACGAACUGUCAUCGCAGCACCGAUAACAGUUCAGUACAUGAACGUUCGCAAACAAAUGUCAAUGAUUCAAUUACAAUGGAACGAACACGUUUUGAGCAUAAAAAACAAAAGCAAAUCCAUAACAUUGAAAAAAGUUUAAAUACUUUGAAAAUGAUAUCAUCGCGAAGUAUUUCAUCGGACAUUGAAGGUGGUUCGAAUGCAGAUGAUUUUGUAGAGAUUUAUGGUCGACAAUUGAAUAAAUUAUGGAAGCGAUUAACCGGUGAAUAUGAGAAAAAAUACUCACCCGAUAAAGUGUAUACAUUAAACAAAUCGGAUUUGGAACGAUUGUAUGAACAAGCGAAAUCCGUUGUUUUACAACAAUUUCACGUGAAAGAUGAAUUGAAGCGUCGUCUCAUUGAUAAUUCCAUGUCAUUUAUUGAUGCAAGUCAGCAGAAUAGCGUGUCAAUGCCACAAUUGUCCGAAACAAAAGAUGAAAAUAUCGAUCGAAAAACCGAACCGGAGAUUAAUGUGCCAACAUUGAAUUUGGCCAGCUCACCAGAACCAAGAGACAAUGUUAAUUCAGACACUGAUCAAGGUUAUUACUUUUCGAAUAGUAUCAAUGAAGAAAUUAGCGAAGAGAAGAACCAAUCAAAACCUGAACCUCAAAGUGUUGAACCAUCAGAUGGUAUGUCGGCAAAUGUUGAAGGUAGUGAAAUUCAGACAGAACAAGCUAUCGAAGAGGAGGAUGAACAUAGUGAAAGCGUACAAGAGGAUGUUGAAUCAGAUAUUACAGAAGAUUCACUUAAUAAAGCAAAAACAUCGACCGUUGAAGAUAUUAGCCCAACGGAAAUUGAAACUACUUCUCAAGUUAAUGAAUCUCAGACAAUUGAAAGUGAGAUUCCAUCAGCCAUUGAAAGCAGCACGUCAACCAUUCCAUUUGAAUUGAAUUUAUCUGAUAAGAAUAACACACAAUUGAUUGAAGAGACAUCAUUUCCAAACAUAGAUAUUCAAACGACCGUUUCGAGCAUUGUGGAAAGUGACAUCGUUUCACCAGAAAAAAAAUCAUCAUCGCACUCGCGUCUGACGGACAAGCAAACGUAUCAUUCAAAUGAUUUCGAAGAGAGUAAAAGCCUAACCUCAAUUUCAACAGCAACUGUCACAAAAGUAACAACAACAACCACCCCAACGGUAUCUCAAUCCACGGAAAAGACGAUUACACCGACAACCGAACCAUCGAAAGAUUUAGAGGAGCGCUUAAUUCUGAUUGAUGAAGGGCUAAAAGAGCUCAGUGAAACGAUUUCACAUUCACCGAUCUUAAAAAUUGAAUCAGAAAUUACGAACGGCAGUAAAAGCAUUGACACCGAAAAAUCAAGCGUCACAAGUGUGUCAUCAUCAGACAAUGAGAGUAAACAAGAUGACGAAAUUAAGACGAUAGAGAGUAUUGAAAAGAGUGAAGAAAAUUCAGAAAAUUGUGAUGAGAAAACGGUUGAAAGUGAAACACCAACAGAAUCGACAUUGAAUGAACCAACGAGCAUUGGCACAUCAAAUGGUGCGCCAAAAGUUGAUUCAGAUGAGAGUACCGAUAGCAUCGCAGCCGAAAUUGCUGCCAGCAAGGAGAACAUCCAAACAUCAACCGAAUUAUUAUUGCAGAAGCGACCUUAUCAAUAUACAUUAAGUGCCAGUUCGAUAGAUUACAACAAAGUUCCAGAGGCUGCUCUAAAACGUUCACAAAUUCCAUUGGAAUCAGAGAUAAAAACGGCAGAACAGUCGACUGCUAUGUUUCCAUUUCUACGUGAAAUUCCAAACAAACCACCGCCACCAUAUCCAGUGCAUCGUCAAUUGCCAAAAACACCAAGUGAUGACCGCAUUAAAGAGAUUGUUAAUCGUCGCGUCGAAGAGUUGUAUGAGAAACUGAAUUCACCACAAUCACCAGAGACGCCAAUUCGAAAUGAUGCAACAUUCGUCAAAUCGCCAACACUAUCGAUUUCAAGUCCCGAUUCACCGGCUACACAAGACGAUCCAAACAUUUUCGAACGCAUUAUACUAGAUAGCUGCGAAGAAAUUAUGCAAGAAAUCAGUGCCCAAGAGAAACAACUAACGGGCAUAUUUCGACAACCGUUAACCUUCUAUAAACCACCGAAUCGACUGAAAUGUUUCCAACAACACACGCUCAGGCGAAUUUUUAAAUUACUUAAUCGGCCAAGCGGCGACUCGAUAAAUAGCGACGAAUCAAAAUCGUAUAGUGGAAUGCGUUCAUUUUUGCCAUCACGAGUGGCUCAAUUGACAUUUAACAAUCGUCGAAAACGUGAUGCUGUCGAUGACAUAUUGAUUCAAGAACUGUACGAAGAUGAAGCACGUUGGACAAAUUUCGAUUUGGAGGAAAAAGAAAUCAGAGAAAAUGUUGCUGAUCUAAAAACCUUAUUGGCCGACGAUUCAUCAUCAUUUAUCAAUACAACAAACACUGAAUAGGAUAUAUAUAUAUUUUUGUUGUCUUUUAGGUUUUGGUAGUAGAAUUUACCAAUUUUUGCAUUUGUAAUAGUUUUACACAUCAUAUUACAUAUAUUAUUGUGUCAAAUCGGAAAUAUUUUGUUUUUUGUUUUUGUAAUAAUGAACUUUUUUUCUACAUUCUCUGUGAAUUUUUCAAAUAGCACGCAUGUUGAAUAC